AUGGAAGCAGAAGACUACGACAAUAACCACCAAAGAGGGGUUCACUGGGGAUUUACAAAGAUUUUAAUGGUAGCAGUGCUUUACGGGUUGAGUCUAGUAUGCAUAAUCUUGGGCCUCAAGCCGCUAUUCGAUAUGGAGUUCGAAACCAAGAGCUUUGCAAACCUGGCCUUCGUUGCAUUCCAUGGGUUCUACAUGUUCAGCUUCAUGGCUGUUCAUAAGAAAAGCCACUUCAUCUUCUGGUCAACAAGUUACUUGCUCCUGAGCGGAACAUCCCUGUUGUUUUACUUCUAUGAAGACUUGUUCAUAUGA